UUGCUGCCAUGGUAACAGCUUCCAGGGUGACAAAGGAAGGAGCUGGGUCCUGUUGAUGAGGAUUUUCAGAACAGAGCUGAGCUGUGCUGCACCCAUCCAGGCUCCCUCUUUAUUCUCAAACUUGCAUUCCUGCCAACAGGACCAUGUGUACCAGCCUGACCAUUUGUGAGUGGAAGAAAGUCUUCUAUGAGAAGAUGGAGGUAGCAAAGCCGGCUGACAGCUGGGAACUCAUCAUAGACCCCAACCUCAAGCCCAAUGAGCUGGCCCCUGGCUGGAAGCAGUACCUAGAGCAGCACGCCUCAGGCAGGUUCCACUGUUCCUGGUGCUGGCACACUUGGCAGUCGGCCAACAUUGUUAUUCUCUUCCACAUGCACCUGGAUAGAACGCAACGGAUGGGAUCAGUGCGCAUGCGCAUCUUCAAGCAGCUUUGCUUUGAGUGCGGCACCGCGAGGCUGGAUGAGUCCAGCAUGCUGGAGGAGAACAUUGAGGGCCUGGUGGACAACCUCAUCACCAGCCUGCGCGAGCAGUGCUACGAGGAGGACGGCGGCCAGUACCGCAUCCACGUGGCCAGCCGCCCUGACAGAGGACCACACAGAAGUGAAUUCUGUGAGGCCUGCCAGGAGGGCAUCAUGCACUGGAAGCCCAGCGAGAAGCUGCUGGAGGAAGAGGCGACAGACGCCUUCUCUGAUACCUCCAAGCCGAGGGCCCAGGCUGGCUUCGGCUACAACUUCUUCUCCCUUCGCUGGUGCCUCCUCUGGGGCUCCCUCUGCCUGCUCAUAGUGUACCUGCAGGUCUCCUUCCGCAGCCCCGCCUUCUUUUAAAAGACAAAGGGUUGAGUGGGGUCAAUCCGGCUCUGAUUCUGCUACAGAUUUUAUAACCCUAGACAACUCACUCACCUGUCUUGAAUUCAGUUUAUUCCUCUGUAGAAAGAAGGGUCUGCAUUAGGAAUUUUAAUGGUCUUCCCAUUAAAUUUUCCAGUAAAGACGGGUAGUGGAGAAAGAUCUAAUAGGUUUUGGAAUUUACCAGGUUUGGUAAGAUACUAAGUCCACAGAGAGAGAGAGAAAUAACUCUCUUCUUUCGCCCCUCCACCUCCAUCUUUAGCCCCCCUUUUGCUUUAUUUCCAUAUCCAUUAGAUCCCAGCUAGACCUUGCCUCAUUCUCAUGAUCAUCUUCAACUGCCCUGACAGUCUUGCUUUGGCUUCCUCUGGAGACAGCAGUAGUUUCCACGGAGUAUAUAGGGGCAAAGUCACCUGAUCCCUCUCUGGUAGAGCUUUUUCCUACCAUUGUGAAGCAAUCAGUUUUUACUCUGAUGCCAGGGUCUGCUUGGGUUGGAUGGUCUAGAGCUGCACUGCCCAAUAUGUUAGCCACUGGCCAUAUGUGGCAAUUUCAAUUUAAUUAAAAUGAAAUAAAUUUAAAAUUCAA